CGAGUUACGGCGCUGAUCGCGCUUUCCUCCCACGGUGCUCCCCAAAUCGAGCCGUAUGACGCGCCGGCAGCUCGACCAUCUCAUGUCCAAGCUGCAGUCGAUCAGCCGGCGGAAGUACUUCGCCCGGGCGAACGUCCUCGCGUGCCUGCUCGUGGCGGCCCUCGUCCUCCUCUGCGUGCGCUACCUGCCGGCGCGGGGAUGCCAGCCGGACCGGCAGGUCCCGCGGGAAGGCAGGCCCAAGUACAGGCUGGUCGUCCUGGUCCUGAGCGGCCCGGACAACCUGGAGCGCCGCGACACCAUCAGGAAGACCUGGCUGGCCGAUCACGUACAAGGCGCCACGGUGAGAUACCUGUUUGUCGUCGGCACCCAGGACAUCCUGCCGGAGCAGAGGAACACCCUGCAGUCGGAGAAGGACAAGUUCGACGAUCUGCUGCUGCUGCCCAGGCUGCAGGACUCGUACGGCACGCUGACCAAGAAGGUCCUCCACGCUCUGAAAGCCGCCCACGAGCGUCACGACUUUGACUACCUGCUCAAGUGCGACGACGACUCCUACGUGCUGGUGCACAAGAUCCUGAAGGAGCUCGACAGGUGGCAGAGCAAGGGCACCAGGCGCGAGCUCUACUGGGGCUUCUUCAACGGGCGGGCGCAGGUGAAGAGGAGCGGCCCCUGGAAGGAGACCGACUGGAUCCUGUGCGACUAUUAUCUCCCUUACGCCCUGGGCGGCGGAUACGUCCUGUCCUACAAUCUCGUCAAGUUCAUCGCCGGCAACUCGGAGAUCCUCAAGAUGCACAAUUCCGAAGACAUUUCCGUGGGGCUUUGGCUGGCGCCGCUGGCCAACAUCGAGAGGAAGCACGACGUGCGCUUCGACACGGAGUACAGGUCGCGCGGCUGUUCCAAUCAGUACAUAAUCACGCACAAGCAAACGAUCCAGAACAUAAGAAGCAUGCACGAGUACUAUCAGGCCUCCGGCGCGCUCUGUCCCAAGGAAGUGAGGAAUCGCAUGAGCUAUCAGUACAAUUGGACCGCACCGCCUAGUCAGUGCUGCAACAGGCAAUCCGGGAUCCCUUAAUGCGACGGCGAGAUUUCCGCCACGUUCUAGUCCGGUUUUUUGAUACUUGCUCAAAAAACAUUCUCACGCUUAACGCGUACAUUUGUAAUGUAAGCGUUCUAUUUAUAUUCCGACCUAAACCCUCCUUAGGAGACACCGAUAUCAAAAGCCGUAAAAACGUAGACGCAACUUCCAGGGGCGAUUUAAGCAGUAUUAUUGAAGGAAGCCGCGAAAGAUUAUAACGAGUUCGCGACGUUCUUCGGAAGAAUUACAGUCUGGAGAUUUGACAAAAACAUCUGGAUUUCGUUCGUUACUCGCGAUAUGAUUUGACAGCGCUAUUAAGUAGCUAAUUAGAAACGCUUGUAAAUAUAUUUUGUAAAUAGAGACAAACAGGAUGACGUAGACAAGAUAAGUUUCGAUGAACUAAAUAUAUUUUUUUUAAUCAUAUUGCUGCACUUCGUUUGUACAGGGUGAGCCGUAAAGGCUGUCCCAAUCGUUUACCAUAAUAGCCGGAUCACUGACUGCAAUUCUGGUUAAUUAAACGCUAUGGGAGAAAACUAAGUUGUUAGCACAGUACAUUUUGUGCUGCCCAUAUAACAACUGACAAUAUUUAUUUAGCAUUGCAUAAAAUAUACUUUGUCAACAAAUUAUUUCUCCUAUAGCGUUCAGUUAACCAGAAUUUUACAGCCAGUAAUCCAGCUCUUACAGUAAAGGUUGGGACAGCCACGCGGUUUACGGUUCAUCCUGUAUAAUACACUUUUCGCAUCUCCAACAGGAGUUUACCUCGCGCGAUGUACGCUCACAUAUAAAGCGAUGUACAUUCAUAACAUACAAAAACAGUAAUAACGUUAAUAUUUUAAUGCUCUAAUUAUACAAUAACGUUAAUAUUUUAAUGCUCUAAUUAAAACUAUAGAUUAUUAGCGAAAUCACAGAUAUAUUCAAGAAACGGCCGUGAAAAAGGAUGGCAAAAAAAUGUAAAGUGAUUCUUAUGCGACGCAGUUAACAUUACAAUAAAUUACUAGUUCGAUAUUAUAUAAAGAGACUGUGAAGCGAUA